GCCUCGCCAUCUCUCUCCGGCGGCCUUCGCUUCGCCUCCUCAUCUCUGGCUCUGUCCGUCCGUCGGCUUUGCCUCGCCUCCUCAUCUCUGCCUCGUUCUUUGUCAGUUUGUUGGUCGCCAUCGGCCGUCUACCUCUGUUCUAAGUUCAAAAAUGGCUUCCCUCCUUAAGGCCUCUUCCAAUGUAUUUCUGUCCGAGAAGCUACCUUUCUUGUCUAGAAGCAAGACAAGACAAGGUGUUGUUCCAAAGAAAGUAACAUUUCGUUCAGCACCUGUCGCAUUAUCCUUGUCUACAUCGACUGGAACCGUUGAACAUGACCCAAUAUCUAAUUCUCCGGACAUUGCCAUCCCAAUCAUGGUAAAUGGUUGUACUGGAAAAAUGGGAAAGUCUGUUAUCCAAGCUGCCGAUUCUGCUGGCCUUCAUGUUGUUCCUGUGUCUUUUGAUGCGGAGAAGAAUUCUGGACAGACUGUUGAACUCUGUGGGAAAAAGAUUCUUGUGCAUGGUCCAUCUGAUAGAGAAAGGAUCCUUGCUUCUGUCUUUCAGGAGUAUCCAAACCUGAUUGUGGUGGACUACACUGUGCCUGCCGCAGUUAAUGAUAAUGCUGAGCUCUAUGGCAAAGUUGGAGUACCUUUUGUUAUGGGCACCACUGGUGGAGACAGGGAUCAACUCUAUAAGACUGUUGAAGAGUCAAAGGUUUAUGCUGUGAUCUCGCCACAAAUGGGGAAACAGGUUGUUGCAUUUCUUGCAGCCAUGGAGAUCAUGGCUGAGCAGUUUCCUGGAGCCUUCUCUGGAUAUUCUCUACAGGUGAUGGAGUCCCAUCAAGCAGGCAAGUUGGACACCUCUGGUACUGCUAAGGCUAUUAUUUCUUGCUUUCAGAAAUUGGGGGUGUCAUUUGACAUGGAUCAGAUACAAAUGAUCCGGGAUCCCAAGCAGCAGGUUGAGAUGGUGGGAGUACCAGAAGAGCAUCUGUCCGGUCAUGCUUUUCAUUUGUAUCAUCUAACAUCACCUGAUCAAACAGUGUCGUUUGAAUUUCAGCAUAAUGUUUGCGGCAGAUCGAUAUAUGCAGAGGGCACUGUUGAUGCUGUACUUUUCCUUGCUAAGAAGGUUAAGUUGAAGGCAGACAAGCGAAUAUAUAAUAUGAUUGACGUAUUGCGGGAAGGUAACAUGCGAUAAAAUAUGUUUCUUAUGCAUUUUGUUGUUGGAGUGUAUUAUUUCGCAGCUCAAGAUAUCUAGGAUUACGAGACUUAAGCCAAUUUUGAUUUCAAUGGUAUGAGCCAUCGCUGUUCUUUGCACAGUAAGUGUAAGAAUUGCAAUAUAUAUGAUGUUGAAAGGGCACUCUUAUUAAACAGUGGCUAGGAAUAGUUAAUGUUCGCCCUCCAUAAAACAGGCUCUUAAUUUUUCUUGCAAAAGUUGAGUGGAUGUGUUGGAAGCCAA